GAAAUGGGUUGAAGGGUUUCUGUGUAAUGUUGCAGGUUUUAUAACAGAGUUAUGGCAGAUGGGUUUUUAUCUUUAUCUGCGAAAUAAUUCAUUCCUUCGUCCUCUGUAAUUUUCCCAUUUCUCUCUCCAUUUCUCCAGAGUCGUUUAUUGCUUUGCGAUGUGAUUGAACAGCUAAAGCUUUUUCUUUCAUCUAUCAUAAGAAUCCAGUUACUCUAAAGGAGUAUUCAAAUUUUUUUCCUCUUAAACUCAACAAUGUCUCUCCCAUUACAGCCUCACAGCAUUUUAAUUUCCUUGAGAUAAGAAGAGGGUUCUCUUUCUUUUUUCAUUUUAGUGUUGGUUUUAAGGUGUUCUCAGGUUCUUAUUACUAGCCAGCCAUGGACACUGCAAAAAUUGAGUAAAAUGAAGUCUGUGAAGAGGGCAGCCAUGGCACUUCUUGUUGAGCUUGUUAUCCUGGCUUUUCUUUUCUGUGCUACCGUUGGUGUGGUGGACUCUGAUGAUGGAGCAACGUUGUUGGAGAUAAAGAAAUCAUACAGGGACGUGGAUAAUGUUCUUUAUGAUUGGACAAGCUCACCUUCAUCAGAUUUCUGUGUAUGGAGAGGUGUCACCUGUGACAAUGCCACUCUCAAUGUUAUCUCUCUUAAUCUUUCAGGUCUCAAUCUGGAUGGAGAGAUUUCUCCUUCAAUCGGAAACCUCAAAAGCCUGCAAACUCUGGAUUUGAGGGGGAAUGGUCUUUCUGGGCAAAUUCCAGACGAGAUUGGUGACUGUUCUUCGUUAAUAAAUAUGGAUUUAUCUUUUAAUGAGAUUUAUGGAGAUAUACCAUUUUCCAUUUCGAAGUUGAAGCAGCUGGAAAUGCUUGUUCUGAAAAAUAAUAGACUGAUUGGGCCGAUCCCGUCAACCUUAUCUCAGAUUCCAAAUUUGAAGGUCUUAGAUUUGGCACAGAAUAAUCUUAGUGGAGAGAUACCGAGACUAAUUUACUGGAAUGAAGUGCUGCAAUAUCUUGGUUUGCGUGGUAACAAUUUGGUGGGCACACUCUCUCCAGAUAUGUGCCAGCUGACUGGUUUAUGGUAUUUUGAUGUGAGAAACAACAGUUUAACUGGCAGCAUACCACAAACAAUAGGCAACUGCACAGCCUUCCAGGUCUUGGACCUGUCAUACAAUCAUCUCAGUGGAGAGAUACCAUUUAACAUUGGUUUCCUUCAAGUAGCCACAUUGUCCUUACAGGGUAAUCAGCUAUCAGGUCCCAUUCCACCUGUAAUUGGUCUGAUGCAGGCGCUUGCUGUGUUAGAUUUGAGCUGCAACAUGUUAACUGGUCCAAUCCCCUCUAUCUUAGGAAAUCUGACUUAUACUGAGAAGUUGUACCUGCAUAGUAAUAAGCUCACUGGGCCCAUUCCGGCAGAGCUCGGGAAUAUGACGAAGCUCCAUUAUCUGGAACUGAAUGAUAAUCAUCUUGCUGGGAAUAUUCCAGCUGAGCUUGGGAAACUCACCGAUUUGUUUGAUCUAAAUGUGGCUAAUAACAAUCUCGGAGGGCCGAUCCCUGACAAUCUUAGCUCUUGCAUAAAUCUCAACAGCCUAAAUGUGCAUGGCAACAAGUUGAAUGGAACUAUUCCCCCGUCUUUUCAGAGGCUAGAGAGUAUGACUUACUUGAAUCUUUCCUCAAAUGAUCUCCGAGGUCCUAUACCAGUUGAGCUGUCUCGUAUUGGCAAUUUGGAUACAUUAGACAUUUCAAAUAACAAAAUUAGUGGCACAAUUUCUUCAUCCUUUGGUGAUCUGGAACAUCUCCUGAAGCUAAAUUUAAGUAGGAACCAUUUAACGGGAUUCAUUCCAGCUGAAUUUGGCAAUUUAAGGAGUGUCAUGGAAAUAGAUAUUUCACACAACCAGCUCUCUGGGUUCAUUCCUCAAGAACUGAGUCAACUUCAAAAUCUUCUCUCCCUGAGACUUGAGAACAACAACUUAUCUGGGGAUCUGACGUCGCUGAUUAGCUGCCUAAGUCUUACAGAAUUAAACGUAUCUUAUAACAAUCUAGCUGGUGACAUUCCCACAAGCAACAACUUCUCCAGGUUUUCAUCUGAUAGCUUCUUUGGAAAUAUUGCCCUCUGUGGAUAUUGGAAUAGCAACAACUACCCCUGUCAUGAAGCUCAUACGACAGAGCGAGUGACCAUAUCUAAAGCCGCUAUCCUGGGAAUUGCUCUCGGUGCCCUUGUAAUCCUUUUAAUGAUCCUUCUAACAGUGUGUCGUCCGAACAACACAAUACCUUUUCCAGAUGGAUCACUUGACAAACCAGUUACUUACUCAACUCCCAAGCUAGUGAUCCUUCACAUGAACAUGGCCCUUCACGUUUAUGAGGACAUUAUGAGGAUGACUGAAAAUUUGAAUGAAAAGUACAUUAUUGGAUAUGGGGCUUCAAGCACAGUCUACAAAUGUGUACUGAAGAAUUGUAAACCCGUGGCUGUCAAAAAGCUUUACUCUCACCAGCCCCAUAGCAUGAAGGUGUUCGAGACCGAACUGGAAACUGUAGGUAGCAUCAAACACAGAAAUCUAGUCAGCCUCCAAGGAUACUCCUUAUCCCCCUCUGGGAAUCUCCUCUUCUAUGACUACAUGGAAAAUGGCAGUCUUUGGGAUCAUCUACAUGGCUCUGGCUCGACUAAGAAGAAAAAGCUUGACUGGGACACUCGGCUCAAUAUCGCACAUGGAGCAGCUCAGGGACUGUCAUAUCUACACCAUGAUUGUAGCCCUCGCAUCAUCCACAGGGAUGUUAAGUCAUCUAACAUUCUAUUGGACAAGGAUUUUGAAGCCCAUCUCACUGAUUUUGGUAUUGCCAAGAGUUUGUGCACCUCAAAGACAUAUACAUCCACUUAUAUCAUGGGAACCAUUGGAUACAUCGAUCCAGAGUAUGCUCGGACUUCCCGACUUACUGAAAAGUCUGAUGUUUACAGCUUUGGCAUUGUGUUGCUUGAAUUGCUCACAGGAAGGAAAGCAGUGGACAAUGAAUCAAAUCUCCACCAAUUGAUCUUAUCAAAAACAGCCAACAAUGCUGUAAUGGAGACAGUUGAUCCUGAAAUAACUGCAACUUGCAAGGACCUUGGAGCUGUAAAGAAGGCAUUUCAGCUAGCUCUCCUUUGCACUAAGAGGCAACCAUCCGAUCGACCAACAAUGCACGAAGUAACACGCGUUAUUGGAAGUCUUCUACCCUCUGCCGCAACACCAAAGCAAAUACCAACCAUAACAACCAUUCCCCCAUCUGCAAAAUCCUCUUGCUACAAGGAUGAGUAUGCAAAUCUAAAGACUCCGCAUGUGCUGAACUGCCCAACCAUGAGCACCUCAGACGCCCAGCUCUUCGCCAAGUUUGGAGAGGUAAUAUCACAAAACAGUGAGUAAUAAGUUAGAAAAACCUCUGCAACAACGAAAAGAAUGCCAUCCAAGAAGGGUUGGCUUUGUGGGUAGAGACUUAAGUUCCUGUAUAAAUGAAUUAACAACAAACAACCUCGUUUUACUUUGUAGUGUAAGGUUUUAUAUAAAAGUAGGCAAGCAACAAAGCAUGGACAUAUGACAUGUACUGGUAGAUUUAGUCAUUUAGAUGUAGAAAGUGAUUUUUGGGAAGUAAAGAAGUAUUCGUUCUAUUAAUGGGAGUGAUUUUUGGAUUGUGGGACCUGGUAAAUUUGAAAGCUUCUUCAGCACUGGCCUUCUGUUUAUUUUGGGGUUUCAUGUUCAGGCUUAGUAAUUGAUGAGUGAGAGUAUGAUAGCAUUUAAAGUGUCAACAGCAAGGCAGCAAUAAUUCACUUGGUCUGGGUCGUUGAUGUUUUUUCUUUCUCUAGUGUACGGUUUGUCAAUUUACUUUAGCUAGGCAAAUGAUUUCAAGGGUAAUAAAUCAAACAUGCCACAAGUUUCGUUUGGCCA